UGGCUUUGUAUCGCAUCCUCCAUCAGCCUUCCACCUUCCAGGUUCCAGGCAGCCCAGGCCGGUCCGAAAGGGAUUGAAUGUCUGGCUCCAUGACAUGGCACCGCGGCACCGCGGCAGCGCGGCAGCGCCGUGCAUUAUUGCACCUCUACCUUGAAGACGGGCCUGCCAGAGCAGAAGAGAAUUGGUGGCGGCCGAGCAUGCCACAGAGACUGGUGUGGUGGUGGGCUUUGCUUGCUCACGAAUCGGGCCUUGUGCGCUCAGCCUGGGCAAAGAAACACACCUUCACCGCUCGCAUCACGCCCGGUCCAGGCCCAGGCAGGCCCCGUUGUAUCCCACGGCUGUGUCCCCAAAAUCCCAGGCUCGUUUAACCUUCAGCCUCAUCCCCCGUCGGGCGUCUAACACGGAGAUCGUAACCGAGCAACAGGGGAAACGAAACACGGCGGCGGCGGCGGGCGGGAAAACACCACACAGAGUGCUAUGGCUUGUUUGCCCCCCCCCCCCCUCGGUCUGUCUGGACGAAUCAAGGUCGGACGGCCCUGCUGACUGCUGACUUGCCCAUCACGGGUCGACUCUCUAACAGCCGGCAUCUUCAGACGACGUCUGUUCUUGCUCCUGCGGCCCACACCCGAGUCCCAAACCUCGACCGAUGGAGCCCGCCCGUCGUAGACCGGCUUCCGAGCUGGUGCUGGGCCCGGAUUUUCUCGCUGCCAUCUUGUCGCGCCGUCUUAUUACUCCCAGACACUGACACCAAGGCAGUCAGACCCGACGGCAAAGAGACGGCGCUCCCACGGACUCCCGCAAUUAUUUCGAUCAGCUGCCACCACAAUUUGGCCAGUGGGCAUUGUGAAUUGCUGAUCGAUUGCCGAGCACAGUCCGACCACGGGGACAUUGCCACUGUCCUGUGCUGCUUGUUUUCUGAUACGACAACUUGAAACGAAGGGGCUUGGGGGACCACAACGGAAAAGAAACUCCCAAUUUGGCACCUCAGAUCCUCCCCGGGAUUGUCCAAAUCUUUGACUCGCAAAUGCUGACCCGAGGUACAUGCGAACUUUCGAUGACGACAGGCAUUCAAUCACAACACAACCACAACACCAUAGGCCUGCCUACCUGCUCAAGUUGCCACAGUAUUCAACAAUGCAUUGAUAUACCUCUUGGUCACGCCUGCCCCUUGCUUUGAGACUAUUGACCGCGCCUGAACCGCGCUUGUCGGGCCAAUUUUCUUCGCCGUGGCGGCUACGGGCACCCCGACAAUUGAUGAGGCUGAGGUGUCUGCCACGUACCCAAUAACGGGGCCGUGUGGGGACGGCGUACAUUUUAUUUUGAGCCUCAUCGUCCAUGCUCAGCAAUUGGUCGUGUGCCCUCCAACCCUGUGCAUCAUGACGUUUUUUUCCCCCUUGCUUCGGUGAGAUCUAUGAAUAGUCGCCAUUGAGUCUUGAUCACGGGGUUCAAGAGAUACAAGGCCUCUGCCCGGGUCAUCAUCCUCGUCAUCACAAAGAAGUGCGACGGCAUGGCCAGUAAGCAUCUCGGACGACUCAGGACACGGAUUGAGACGCGCUGGGCAGAGGCUGGGUGGCUGGUGGCGCAUUAGGUGAAGGUUCGCUAGAAUGCCAAGUUCGCUUGUUUCUUUAGGUGCAGCCUUGGUAGAGGCAUCGUGACGGUGAUGCGACAACAACUGCACCACAGCUCAGCUGGGCGUGCCGAGGUGGUUGAGGUUGCCCCUUCGUGGACGACAGACCGUGUUGUCUUUGCCUGACCGACGGCUGAAUUGUUUGUUUUCUGCUCCGAUCCUAGCGACACCUCCGCGCACUUGACACUGUCGCUAAACUGGCGAGCCGAAAGCUGACGUGACUGGAGCCCGCGCCGCCCUCCUUCGAAUCUUGUCCAUCCUUCAAAGAGAACCGAGCCCCGAGGCAGCCCUCGGCAUAUCCACACUUUGGGUUCUCAUUCUCUGAUCCAGCUGUGCAGGGCGCGGCGUAGUGUUCUCAAAACUUACGCAAUAUUACCGUCUGCCUGCUGAUAUGGGUAUGAGACCUCGGGACAACGGGUUGGUCUGAUCACACAAGGUUCGUCGAUCUCACAUGGGGCAGACUUGCGGACGCCUGCAUAGACAGCGCACAGUCCACACUUGGUUUCUCUGGGGAUUGAGAUGUUUCGAGCUAAGGCACCGACGAACCUUAAAGGGCCAUCGAAGCAAGAUCGGGGCCCCGGGGGCCGAGUGAAGGCGGUAGCAAAGUUGCAGGAAAGUCUACAAUGACGCUUCUUUCUCCCAAGGUUCGUCUGAAGAUGUUUGGGCUGGCUUCGAGAGCUACAAACGAUAAACCAUCGACGACCCCCGGCGCGCUGUCCCAAUCUGGAAAAAGUGUCCCUAACACAGCUGGCAUGCCGCCUGGCAGUCCGGUAGUCUGGUCUGGCUGGGCACCCGCGUCUCUCGCGUGGAACCUCGAACGCCGUUGUCGAAACCAGGCCCCGACAUCACCACAGCGGAGAGACGUUACUAGGCCCAUUUUCGGCGCCUCGAAAUCGGGUCCGGCAGUAAGGAGCCUUCGAGUAGCGAGAGGGCCGAAGAAAAAGCACGGGAGAGGAGGAUGCACGGCGAGCCCCAUGGUGGGUCCAUUCACAUGGCAAAUGUUCAGGGCCAGUUUUACACCACUGCGUACGCAGACAUUGCGUACGCAGGACAAUCCCCCCCUCGCCAGUCUCUCGGCCUGGAGAACAAAGGGAUCUAUCUCAAGGAGAGCUAGCCCUGACCCAAACGGUCAGAGCGGAGGGGAACGACAGCCUGGGCACGAGGGGCGCCAGGUCUUUUUAAUCAAGCCAAACCAGAUCAAGCCGGCCCGUUCUUGAACGUCUGCCCAAGUUGGCGAGCCGCGCUCGGUUCGCCCUGGUGGCCCGCGUUGUCUGUCUGGGUCUGGGCUGUCUGAGCUGCUGGGAUACCAUAACGCAGUGGACUAGCCCGAUAUCAUAGGGGCAGUGACAGUCACGGUCCUGACGUACAGGAGGCUCCACAACUCGUCGCGACAUAUUUCUCGAGCCCACCCACCACGAGGGCAGCCGUCCACUCAGCGCGGGUGUGAGAGGUGCCUUCGAGGCCUUCCAGAGCGGCCACGCAGCCCACACUGCCCUGCCAUCACACCCCAUCAUGCGCGUAAUUUAGCCAGAUGACCGCCCCCGAUGCAACUCAAAAGGGGGAGGUGCCGGGUGGAGGCCCUAGCGCCUGCCCUCGAUGCACAGAGCCGACGAGAUGUCAGCGUUCUAGCCCGUUGCGGUUGGAGGCUGCUCGAGCCGGGGACGGUUUGCGGCGUCGAACCAACAAUCCAGCCAGUCAUCAAUGACCGACAUCCUCGAUGAAGAUCUUGCUUGUGUUCUGGGCGGGCAACGCUCUUCACCCGGGCCCACGCCACCGUCUGCCGGGUUUCAGGUCCCUCUUCCAAGAUGGGGGGGUAACCGGCGCGAGCUGCGUCUGAGAGUUUCGGAGACUUCUUUUUUGAUUUGCGGGACUAGCAAGUGGCCCGCGUGUGACGGCCUGCCCAUGCUUGCCAUGAUGAUGGUUGAUCCCGGUUGCCUUGAAGUUUGAUUGCAAGGACGGAGAUCAAUCUUUUUGCAGCCAGAGUCUUAUUCCUUUUUCCUCCCUCCCUUCGGGAUUAAUCAUAACGAAAUGAGAUAGAUGCCCAAAAUUUUCGACGAGCCAGGACAAGGGCCUGCAGGUGCGUGUCCCGAACGAGACGCAGAUCAGAAGGAUCAGGGUGAUUCUGCGGACCCAUAAUUACCAGAUGCGUAUGCGAGUUUUCUGGGGCAAUUUCGAUGGACUGAUGGACUUUUGGUCUCUGGCCCUGCGGCUUGCUUGCGACAUCGAGACAGAUGGAACCUUAUGUUCAGGGCUGCCCCUCGCAGAUCCUGUGUGUUGCAUCCAAGAUCACGACGCGCUGUCAGCCAUUUUGGCCGCGGACCGUACAGGGUUUCAGGGUUGCUACAGGCCUGUGUACUGCACUGUGAGGGGGCCGACCUCGUCCUCUCACGAACAAGUCGAAAGUCUCGGCGGGUUACCAUCAUCACAUCCCCAGGUGUUGCCCCGGGCGUGUGGACGUAUGCAAAUUGCAGUCUGGAAAUCACCCGUGGCACGGGCGCCGCAAUACUGUGGUACUCGUCGCCGGAGGGGUCCGCAGCCAGUCAGGAUGCAGUCCGUGGCACACCUGUUCUCCGCUUGCUGUCCCGUCCAGGGCUCUUGCUGGCACCGGUGGGCGGGAACCCUGGUUAGGACCUCGUGAACAGACUCUGCAGAUGUGAUUGAUGAGGGAGGGAUGAGCCUUCCACCAAGGCGGCGGCGGCGGCGGCGGCGACAGGUGCCAUGCCAGCCAGCAAGCCAGCAAGCAAGCAAGCAAGCGGGACAUGAGCAGCAAGCCGCAGCAGCAAGAGCAGCGCACAUCGCACAUCGCAGGCUCGUGCAUCGCAUACCAUACCCUACGUGUGCAUUGCGCUCCAGCCUACGACCGUGGAUCGCCAGGCCAGGUCAAGUGUAGAACGUCGAGCAUCUCGGGCAUCACACCUUCCUGUUUUCCCUCUUGUCUCCCCUUGGUUCGUGUCCCGGACAACAGGUUUACUGUGCAACCGUGGUUGCAACCGUAUUCAUAAUUUCACUCGACGACCCAUAUUGUCGCGCAAAGACCUCCAGCAAUCUGCUCCCGCCGAACCUUGAUCCGAAUCUACCGUGUUCCCUAAUCUAAAGUGUGGUCUGCGGGACGCGAACACGCACAUACCACAUACGCGCACCGUUGGACUUGGGCCGAGAUAACUACACACUUACAUACAUACCCAGGUACACCCAAUAGUACCCCUACCCGUUCCUGCCCAAGUAUAAUCGUCAAUCUUCAACCAGAUCGUCUCGAGGCCACCCUCACCCCCUACUCAACCAAUUGAUCGGACGACCCGAGUCAUCGACGACUGACCUGGCUUAUGUCACCUCCUGCCCCAGGUGACUAUCGGAAACCUUGAUGUAGCACCACAUCACAUUGACAGACUUUUUGACACUGGCAACCGGCUUUGGCAUUUGACAGUGUCUCAAUUUCAACAGGCCGGGACAUCGGACUCGGACUCAGCCCCCAGUCCCAGACACAAAUCCAGGCACAGGUUCAGACAUCCCGGGCUUCGCCCAACAAGCUACGACAGGGUCUCGGGAACUAUCGUCGCCCUUCUGGAAUUAAUCAAUGCCGCCGCCAGGGUAGGCAGACUGGGCUGACUGGCAGACACGCAAGGGAGCAGCCGAUGGGACCCUGACGAUAAUACGGAGACGGGACAGGCAUUCUGGGACCAAAAAAAAAAAAGCAGAGACAGAUAGAGAGAAGAAGGAGAGAGCAGUUCGCGUGCAGGCCAUGGCUUCCUCGUCGUCGACCGUCGAGGUGUUUGAGGAGGUCGGGUCCAGUAACAAGUCAGACCAGGACCUGGAGCUCGAGCUCCAACUCGAAACCGAAACCGCGGCCCCAGCCGCUGCUGACCUCCACAGCAGCGACGCCAAUCCUGUCGCUCCUGGCACUCGUGCGCCCGCCCCCGCGCCCUCGCAGCCAGGCGACCGGGAGGGGGAAGGCCAUAUCGAGCACGAGCUCGAGCACGAGCACCAUCACAAGGGCGAGGCAGAGGGCGAGGGCGAGGGCGAGGGCGAGGGCGCGCACGAGGAGACAUGUUCGCUGACCACAGACACCCCCCCAGAGAAGCAGCAGCAGCAGAAGCAGCAGCAGCCGUCGUCUGGUUCUGCAGUGCACGCCCACCGCGUCAAUCACAAUUCGUCUAAAUUGCCCGCAUUCCGCCUGAGCGACCGCUCCCGCUCCUCGCUGCCCCUACCUGGUUUGCUACAGCGGGACAGCAAGCAACAUCCCCCCUCAUCUGCAGGGUUGCUAGGGUCCCCACUGCACCAAGACGACCGCCAAAAGGUCGCAUAUCCAGCACCAAAGCCAGAAAAUAGGCCUAGCACUGCUAGUGCCGCCGCCGCCACCACCAACACCACCGCUGAUGCGCAACACCACCAGAACCACCACCUGACAGAACCACACACUCCUUCCAGCCAGCGACUGCCCCCAAGCACGCCCCAAUCUCAAUCACCCGUGACCUCGAGAACAAAACCCAGCCCGGCACGAUCACGGGCCAGUACCUACCAGACGGCCUCAACCUCCGCCCCUUUCACCCCAAUUGCCGCCAAGCGACCCGCCUCAUUUCCAGUCGACAGCAGUCCUGGUGACACCCUCGCUUUUCAAUCCUCCACCGACGGAUCGCCUUCGUUCUGGACACCAGACACCAGGCCGCCGACCCAGCCAGUCAACGUAACCCCCGGCUCCAACAGCGCCACCUCCCCCCACACAACUCACCACCCACAAGGCGCGCAACCGACUCCAGGCACCACAACAACAAAGAAGCGGGCUCCGGGACAGCGAGCCUUCACGUCACCGGCGGCAGUCAGCGGCGCCAGUCCCCAUGACAGCCCCGCCGAGCGGCGAACAUCUACGUCACGACCGCCCGUGUCAUACAAACCCAUUCGCUCUGCCUCGACCCCUGGGCGCCCAGUCAUCCCCCCCAUCCGCUCGUUCCGCUCAUCAGGCUCGCGCAAGAGCCUCCAGCUCGACAUGAACAACGCCUCCUACCGCUCCUACGACGAUGGCCACGACCCCAGGGAUUCCAAUCACAGGGACCAGUCGCUGCGCGCUCUCGAGGGUCGCGACACCCGCGAAUGGCAAAGAGACGGGCCUGCUGAUGCCGACGACGAGGUCACCGCGACCGUCGAAAGCGAGAGCACUGCCGACAUCUUCAUGAGAAUAGCGCACGAAGACCCUCCUGCACCAGCCUCCCGACCAAGGAACAACGGUCGCGACGAGGAUGAUCGGGCCAGUACAGUGUCUCGGGUCGUGCGAUCCGCACGCCAAAGACCGCUCUCUACCGUGGUUCCUUCUUCAUUCCAGGCCCCUGCAUCACCCCCUCGGGUUCCACGGCGCCUUUCGGACCAGCAAGACAGGGCGUCCCGCAUGAGGCGAGCCACGGAGGACCAACCGGCACAGCAUGCCGAGAGGGAAGUGCCUUUCCGAGCCAGCGCGAUCGAGAGGCCCAACCUGAGCCUGGAUUCCGCCCGAGCUCGUUCUACCGUAUCGUCCUUGAGACCGUCGCCCAUCACGCCUCGGACGUACGGCGGCCUUGACAACGCUUCUGAAGCCAGUUCCAUAUUUGCGCGGCGGCCGCCGACGUCUGAGCAUUCUCGUUCAUCCUCUCACAGACAGCCGAGCGGUCUGUCCAAAUCAUUCCAGUCCUCUCCUCUGGUCCCGAAGAGUAGUGAUUCUCAACACCCCGGUGCGCCUCAUCACGAGGCGUCAGAGUCAUCCAACUCGACAGCCGCGCCCUCCACCGUUUGGGACGAACUCGAUGAGUUGAAGUCCCGUAUCCACCGGCUGGAGUUGACCGGAAAGCUGCCGAGAACAUCAGGUGCCGCUAUGUCGAGAGCUUCUGAAGAACGGCCCCCUACGGCGGGGACCGGCGCGACUACGGUGUCUGGCUCGCCAAAACGCGCUUCCACAAAUGGUGCCGCACAGACCGAAGUUUUGAGCAUGACCUCGCAGCAUCGGGAUGCUCAACCCAUCUUGAAAUCAGCCCUUUCGAAAACAAAGCCAUUUGUGACCUCUGACAUUUACAGUGCUGUUGAGGCGGCUGCCAACGAUGCGAUGUCGCUGUCCCAGAUGAUGGGUACUGUCGGGCAGCCAGGGCCAAUUUCGAGCGGUGCGAGCACUAUUGGGGGCAGUGGCCAGGCUACCGUCACGGAUAGGCUACUGCGGAAGAAAGUCGACAGCAUGUGUCGGAAUCUCACUGAGCUGUGCCUAGCCUUGACAGAUGAGGGCAGCCAGCGGAAGGCUGCGACCCAGCAGCCAAAACCGGAAUCACGGGAGAUGGUAAAGUCGAAGGAGAAGGACAAGGACAAGGAGCAGGAGCAGGAGCAGCUGAGCAGUCCGCCGCCCAUCAAAGUCUUCACUGGCGCCCCGCGACGAGAGACAUCCAAGCCUGACGAGCCUGUUCCGAGCGUGGAGAGCAGCGUCAGCCCGCGCGCGACCCGGCUGGAGAAGCGAGCCACUUUCAACUUCACGGCUCCAUCAGUACCUAGCCCCAGGUAUGCACCUAGCGCCAUGGGCGGCGAGGCUGCUGCUCCUGGGCGAAAGUCAUCUCUUGUCGUGGCCCGGACGCGGCGGGGUGUGACAGAGGAGCCUGAUGACCAGGGCAGGAAGACCUCGCUCCUCCGGACCCGGCGGGCGGGCACGGACGAGCCCGAAGAAGGGCGCAAGACCUCUUUCUUGCUUCCUCCGCGGCGUGUCACCACAAUUGCCCGCGGCAGUAACAUUGACGAGGAGCCGGAGUCGCGCUUCAGCAGGGCACCAUCGAGGGCUAUCACGGAGGUUUCCGGCUUGAGGGUCGAUGUUCCCCUGCGAGAUCGAGAAGAUGUCACGAGGGGCUCUUUCCAGAUGCAGGAGCCUGCAUCCGCCAGCUCAGCCUUGCCCCGGCGUCGGUUGAUCACCUCGAACCUGCCCUCUGCAAGCGCUACGUCAUCCCGUUUUGCCACCCCGACGACCCCCAGCUCCCGCCGGUUCCUGGGCUCUGAUCGGUUUGCGCAGGAGAGGGGUGAGAGAUUCGAGAGAGCAGACAACUCUGUUGCGGAGAGACUGGCCGAAGAGCGAGGACAGCGGUACUCGGUCGGCCAGUCAAACAGUUCAGUGGUGGGCCGGGAAACCAGCAUCAACCGCAAACGACACAGUGGGAUUCCUAGCAUCUCAGGGAGUUCCUCGAAUUUCGGUGGUUACAGAUGAGUGCGACACAUCUUGCGCAUAUACGACGCCUGACGAUUCACGACACUGCAACGUGUGCAACUACAAAAGCGUUGUUUUUCAGCAUUGAGAAGCAUUUCCUGCAAGAAGCCGAGAUUCACGCAUGCAUUACUGGUGUUAUCAGAUUUCGAAAUUUUUCUUUUGGUGUGUUCUGCACUUCGCGUAUUUAGCAUUACCGGACGACUCUCGUCAGUUUCGUCUUGUUCAUGACGCGGAUGGCGAGGGGUGGGCUUUUCCUUUUCUUUUGUGACAGGCAGGCAUUCCACAAGUACUGCAGCACUUUGGCUGCAUCUUACGACACGGUGGGCAGGUAGACAGGAUUGGGGUGAACAUCAACACACGGCAAAGAAGUUUCCUUUGUCGAGAAAUUGAUGUCCGUACGACUUGAGGGGCGAUUCGUCAAAGAUCCUGCUAGAGGAGAUGGACUCGUACCAAUUGCAGAUAUUUGCCAGGAGUUUGAGCGCGCAGAGCGCAUAUCGAUACCCGCCAGCACUGGAAGAAGAGGACAGCCUUUCAGGUGUAUAUAUAUUUACCUGUCUUGGUACAUUGCACCAGACGGUUGCUAUUAAUGUAUUAUAUGCAUGCGAAGCA